GGAACAAAUGAUGUACAGCUUAUAUGGCCGGGCAGACGCUAUUCCGAUAUUGGUUGGGUUGCUAGACCUGAUGUCUUAUAUGUGUCUUUAAAAUCCUGAUAUUCAAUGGCUUUCAGAAAACAUAGAUUACAUUUUCUUUAUUUUAUUCUUACCAGCUGUUCAGAUGAUGUGAAAGGAAAGCAAUGGAAAAAUCCAACGACAGCUCAGAGUAUGGUUUUAUCUUAGUGGGAUUCUCUGAUCGUCCCAAACUGGAGAUGGUACUUUUCAUAGUAAAUUUUACUCUAUAUUCAGUGGCUGUGCUGGGAAAUUCAACCAUAAUCCUUGUAUGUAUAUUAGACCCUCAACUUCAUACCCCAAUGUACUUCUUUCUGGCAAACCUUUCCUUUCUAGAUCUCUGCUUCAGUACUAGUUGUAUCCCACAGAUGCUGGUUAACCUCUGGGGCCCUGAUAAGACUAUCAGCUAUGCAGGCUGUGUCGUCCAGCUUUUCUCUUUCCUUUCUGUUGGAGGAAUCGAGUGCAUCCUUCUGGCUGUCAUGGCAUAUGACCGCUACGCUGCAGUCUGCAAGCCCUUGCACUACAUGGUCAUUAUGCAUCCCCAGCUGUGUUUACGACUGGUGGCUGUGGCCUGGGGAAGUGGACUAGUCAAUGCCAUUGUCAUGUCCCCACUAACAAUGACUCUCUCCAGAUGUGGCCGGCGACGAGUGAACCAUUUCCUCUGUGAAAUGCCAGCACUGAUCAAGAUGGCUUGUGUGGAUGCUCGUGCAGUGGAAAUGCUGGCCUUUACCUUUGCCAUUCUCAUUGUCCUACUGCCCCUCACUCUUACUCUUGUCUCCUAUGGCUACAUCGCAGCAGCAGUGCUGAGGAUCAAGUCAGCUGCUGGGAGACGGAAGACCUUCAAUACCUGUAGCUCCCACCUUACUGUGGUCUCCUUGUUCUAUGGGAGCAUCAUCUAUAUAUAUAUGCAGCCAGGAAACAGCUCUUCCCAAGAUCAAGGCAAGUUUCUCACCCUCUUCUACAACCUGGUAACUCCCAUGUUGAAUCCACUCAUCUAUACCUUAAGGAAUAAGGUGAAAGGAGCACUGAAGAAGGUUUUGGGGAGGCAGCAACGAGCAGCAGAGGUGUGCUAAGUUGUAAAGUCCUAAGCAAAAUAUUUUUUUCAAACACUACCAUUUAUUUUGUGCUUAUAAUAACUUAAGCCAAUGUAUCAGACGCUCUUGGAUCUUUUAAGAUGUGGAUAAAUACACUGAAGUGUAUCCGGAGUCAAAGUGAAUCAGCUAUACCUACACAUAUUGUUGUAUCUUUGCAACAUAAUGCUUAGUGAAAAGAAUUAAGUCCCAGAAGAAAGGUGAAAUGACUCUCAUAUAGAUAUAAAAUAAAUAUGUGUUAAAGAUUUUAUUCAACACAGUUAAUGAGGGAACCAGGCAAAGUAAUAACCAGUUCAAAAAAAAAAAAGACUCAAAAAGCAGAGAUUUACAAGAAGUGAAGGAAUGUUUGAAAUAAAUGUACAAGUGGAGGCAAAAAUUGCUUCUUCCACUGUGGGAAAGGGAAGUCAAUUAGUUUCUACCUGACAGAACUCAAUUUGCAUGUCAUACACAAGAACUAUUUUGCUUGGCUAUCAGUUAUCUAUAAUUUACUAUGUUGUAAAAUGCCUGCCACAGAAUCAGAAUCAGAUAACCUGGAGAGGUAUCAUCUAGACUCUAGACAACGUAUAAUUUUCCACUGAAGUAUAAAUUUGUCCCUUAAAGCUCAACUAUAUAUCUUACUCAUGUUAUAAAACUGAGUAGUCUCAAGCUUCUUACAUACUUGUAGGUAUUUUCAUCCUGAU